ACAACCACGACUGCAGCUCCAACAACAACAACACCGACUCCAACAACCACAACAGCAACAACCACAACAGCCGCACCAACAACCACGACUGCAUCUCCAACAACAACAACAGCCGCACCAACAUCCACUACUGCAUCUCCCACAAUCACAACAGCGGCACCAACAACCACAACAGCUGAGGCAACAACCACGACUGCAGCUCCAACAACAACAACACCGACUCCAACAACCACAACAGCAACAACCACAACAGCCGCACCAACAACCACGACUGCAGCUCCAACAACCACAACAGCCGCACCAACAUCCACUACUGCAUCUCCCACAACCACAACAGCGGCACCAACAACCACAACAGCAGCACAAACAACCACAACAGCAACAACAAUAGCGGCACCAACAACCACAACAGCAUCACCAACAACCACAUCAGCGUCAGCAAGCACCACAACAGCAGCACCAACAACCACAACAGCCGAGGCAACAACCACAACUGCAUCUCCCACAACCACAACAGCGGCACCAACAACCACAACAGCAGCACAAACAACCACAACAGCAUCACCAACAACCACAACAGCCGAAGCAACAGCCACGACUGCAUCUCCAACAACCACAACACCGACUCCAACAACCACAACAGCAACAACCACAACAGCCGCACCAACAACCACGACUGCAGCUCCAACAACCACAACACCAACAGCAACAACCACGACUGCAGCUCCAACAACAACAACACCAACUCCAACAACCACAACAGCAACAGCAACAACCACGACUGCAGCUCCAACAACAACAACAGCGGCACCAACCACCACAACAGCAGCACCAACAACCACAACAGCCGAGGCAACAAAAACGACUGCAUCUCACACAACCACAACAGCGGCACCAACCACC